AUGCGCAACCCCCAAAUUCACCCUACCCACCCACCCGCUCGCCCUCUCUCUCUAUCCGGCACCUCAGGCCGUAGCAUUAUGCCCGGCCUCAUAAUAAAUCCGCACAUGGGCAUUCGGUUCCGCGCUGGUAAACCAAUAAACACUAAUCCACAUGAGCACCUUCAUCCUCAGUCCACGGAUACGCCAUGCGUCCACUCGACCAAGCUUCUCAUAGAUGCACGCCCAGCAGCGCCACGGGGCCACUAUCCGCAAAAGCGUAUGCCUAGCGUCUGCGGCUUUGUGCGACCUGCAGCUAGCUAUACGCCUUGGCCCUCGCGCGUAAACCACGCCGAGCGCGCGAGCCCCCGCCGUCUCUCGCCGGCCGUGUAUAUGGUUCGCGAUCUGAUGCCAUCGUAG